AUGGCGAGUGACGAGACAACACCACUCCUCCCCCAUAAGGGGGAAGGUAAAGGACGAGUGAGAAAUUGGUUAUCGAGAGCUUUCAACGUCGAGAAUCGCAUUUUGCUUGCGGGGUUUCUUAUCACGUUAUCAUUCAGUUUUACCCAAGUUCCAUUGUUUUAUGUGUUUCAUUUAAUGACUUGUGACUCGUUUUAUGAGACGCAUCCUCCUUACAAUGGUCCGGGCGAUAGGUGCAGUCGGGACGAGAUUGCGGCUGGAACGGCAACCCAAUAUAGUAUCCUUGGCAUGUCUACUACAUUUUGCGGAACGUUGAACCUUUUUGUCGCUGGCUGGACAUCGAAAAAGUUCGGCCCCCGAGCGGCACUUUUGUGUCAGAUUCUUAUCCCGGCUUUUCGCGUGGUCACCCAAAUCUUGGGAGUCGUGGCAGGUGGAGAAAAGGGAAUGAUGAUCAUCCAAGCGACUCAAUUGAUCACAAUUCUGGGCGGGCCAGCUGGGUACAUUCUUGUUGUCAACGUCAUUGCUGGAGAGGUUGUCGAACCUAUCCGACGGACAGCAGUAUUUGGACAGCUUCAAGGUGCCAUCAUGUUAGGCCAGGCGAUUGGAUACUUGAGUGGUGGUAUGAUAGGUGACGCGAUCGAUAUCCGGGCUCCUUUCGAUGUUGCGUUCGUCUCCUUCAUUCUCGCGGGUAUUUACGUCUGGUUCGCCUUACCAUAUAUUUCACCCGAGUCAAUGUCCAAUGGCGGAAAGAACGGUCAAAAAGGAGUUUCUGGUUUUCUCGCACCCCUCAAGAUCCUCACACCGCAGAAACUUCGCCUCGCUGACGGGAGAGUCAAGAAGCACCUUGGCGUCAUCUUUCUCUGCAGCGGCAUAUUCGUCUCUGUACUCGCCACUGGUUAUGCACCUCUUCUGAUUCAGAUGUAUGCAACAGCGGCGUUUAACUUUAGCCAGGGUGACAACGGUUGGCUCAUGUCCGAGUUUGCGUUCAUGCGAAGCUUCUUCCUGAUUCUAUUGUUCCCAAGGAUCAUCGCUUGGGGACGAGGUCGUGUUAUCAGAUCUGAACCAAAUAGCGAUGAUGAGGCGGAACCGGGACAUAUUCCAACGGAAGCUGGAGAAUUCGAUGCUACUUUGGGAGAGCAGGCGGAUCAUGAACCGUACGAGGCAGUCAGCCGCAACAAAGAGGACGAGGGAUGUCUCUUUGAUCUUGUGUUUCUCAGAUGGAGUUUAUUAGUCGAUGGUCUGCUAACUACAGUUGCUGCAUUCGCAACUAAGCCGUGGCAUAUCUACCUUGCUGCCUUUCUUCUCCCGUUCGGCUCUGGAUCAGCGCCAGCAGCAAAAGGUGUCAUUACACAAAUGUGUCCGGACUCGCAGCGCGCCGAUGCUCUCAACGCUGUGACCCUGGUCGAAAACGUGGCACGACUAGCUACUCAAGGCUUGUUUGGUUUCAUCUUUGCCAGUUUGGCUGAGGUUGGCAAAGCAUAUGCAACUUUCUUCUGCAAUGCGGCCAUUGCUCUAUUGGCCAUGGUGGUUCUCUUAUUCUCUAACUUUCCGCCUCCGGGAAGCAUACUGAUUGAGAAGCAUGAAGAGCAGGAUGAAGUUCAGAACGAGGGCAGCGAAGGCGAACCUCUCCUGAAUAAUAGAGACUGA